GAAGCAAGGAAGUUCCGCAUUUGAAUGUUCCGGAGGCAACGAAGACUGUUUUAGUUGGUUAGUUGCGUUAACUUAACUCUUGGUACAGUGAUUUUGUUGGUGCUGCUACUGCUUGUUUACUGUUCCCUGGUCAGAUAAGAUCGAGUGCUGCGAGAGAAAGAAACGAGAUAAUAAUAAUAACAAAUUGAAAAAGAUAAGGUCUUGCACAAUAAGGCAACUGCGGUCAGUCGAACAACAUUUGAUAAACGUUAUAAACGAGUCGAGAUGAUUGAGAGUUUUAAGAACAAGUUGAAAAUCGAUGGAUUCUGCGUGCUGGAAGGAUUCCUCACCGAAGAGGAAACCGAGAACUUGAAGAGCGAAGCGGUUAAUUUGAUCAGAGAUAUGCCGGAUCAGGCUAACCGCACCGUCUUCAGCACUGUGGAUUCCGAGAAGCAGCAGAACAAGGACAAGUAUUUCCUCGAGAGUAGCGAUAAAAUUAGUUACUUCUUCGAGGAAGGCGCUCUCGCGAAGGACGGGUCGUUGCUGGUAGAGCCUGAGGUAUCGCUGAACAAAAUCGGUCAUGCUCUGCACGAUCUGAAUCCCACCUUCAGACAGAUCACUUUCGACGAGCGGGUGAAGGAGGUCUGCUUCCAGAUGGGUUUCCAGGAACCUGCGAUCGCUCAGAGCAUGUACAUCUUCAAAAACCCAGGGAUCGGUGGCGAAGUGAUUCCUCAUCAGGAUGCGACUUAUCUUCACACGGAACCCGUCAACGUUCUCGGAUUCUGGAUUGCCCUCGAAGACGCCACCUUACAGAACGGUUGUCUCAAGUUCAUCAGAGGUUCGCAUAAAGGCGGUGUCCAUCGUAGAUUCAUCAAGAACCCAGAUACAUCUUCGGAAGAUCUUUUGAUGUACCAGGGACCAGCGCCUUUCUACCAGAGGAACAAUUUCGAAGCCGUGCCAGUUCCUAAAGGUUCAUGCAUCUUGAUUGAUGGACAAGUCGUGCACAGCAGCGAUCCCAAUCGAUCAUCGAAAUCGCGACACGUCUACACUUUCCACGUGAUCGAGCAGAAAGAUACGGUUUAUUCCAAAGAUAACUGGCUCCAGCCGAAUCCAGAUAAACCGUUUUUGAGUGUUUACAAAAAUUGAUCGUAAUACAUAUAUUAUUUACGGUGCAUGCUGUGCGAAUUUAGACUAGGUCCCAUGAUAUUUUACUAAUUUGUAUAUAGAGCGAAAUCCCCAUUUUAUAUAUAUAUAAAUGCACGA